CUGUCGUCUUGCUGCUUGAGGAAGAGCGAUGGCGCGGACCAAGCAGACUGCCCGCAAGUCCACCGGAGGAAAAGCUCCCCGCAAGCAGCUGGCCACUAAGGCUGCCCGAAAAAGCGCCCCGGCCACGGGUGGGGUGAAGAAGCCCCACCGCUAUCGCCCGGGCACCGUAGCCCUGCGGGAGAUCCGCCGCUAUCAGAAAUCGACAGAACUCCUGAUCCGCAAACUGCCUUUUCAGCGCCUGGUAAGAGAAAUCGCCCAGGACUUCAAGACGGACCUGCGCUUCCAGAGCUCUGCCGUCAUGGCCUUGCAGGAGGCUAGCGAGGCUUACCUGGUGGGUCUCUUCGAAGACACCAACCUGUGUGCCAUCCACGCCAAGAGGGUCACCAUCAUGCCGAAAGAUAUUCAGCUGGCACGCCGUAUCCGUGGGGAGAGGACCAGAGAGCUGCAGAUAACAGGAGCUGCCAUCCAGAAUGUCCAGAGGGCACGAGAUGCUAUUAUAUCUGAGGUCCAGUGCGGGGGCUUAAAGGCAUCCAUGGCAGCAGAGGAGCAGAAGGACGGCUUGGAUGUUGGGCAGGACGCCGCCCUGGGCGAUGGUGACUUUCCCCAGCAGCUUGUUGAGCUCUUCGUCGUUGCGGAUGGCCAGCUGCAGGUGUCGGGGGAUGAUGCGGGUCUUCUUGUUGUCGCGAGCGGCGUUGCCGGCCAGCUCGAGGAUUUCGGCCGUCAGACCGCAGAGAUAUGCGGAAUAGAGGUGCUGCUGGAGCUUAGUUUAGAGGGGGCAAAGGUCUGCUGUGUCUCCAAGCAGAUCUACCAUGAGAGUUUUUCCUUCAGGUCGGCUUUCAGACUAUAUAAAGUGAAACUGCUUCCUGUCGUUGUCACUCGCAGAGACUUCAAGAUGUCGGGUCGCGGUAAAGGCGGGAAGGGUCUUGGGAAAGGGGGCGCCAAGCGUCACCGCAAGGUGCUGCGCGAUAACAUCCAGGGCAUCACGAAGCCUGCUAUUCGGCGCUUGGCUCGGCGUGGAGGAGUCAAGCGCAUCUCUGGGCUGAUCUACGAGGAGACCCGGGGCGUGCUGAAGGUUUUCCUGGAGAAUGUCAUCCGCGAUGCCGUGACUUACACGGAGCACGCCAAGAGGAAGACCGUGACUGCGAUGGAUGUGGUCUAUGCCUUGAAGCGCCAGGGCCGCACUCUGUACGGAUUCGGCGGCUAAAACUUGGCGAUACCAUAGUAGCAUUAGCAGUUA